GAAGGAGCGAAGUCCGGGGGCGCGGCGCGAAGGUCUAGCAUUCCGACCUGGUGGGUAGAUGUGCAGGAUUAUUGACGCCCUGAGCUCGGGCGUGCGGGAGCUCUGAGUUCGGUGUGUCUUGGGCUGCGCAGGAGCACGGGUCAGGUUCGGUUUUCCUUUGGCCCACUGGGCUCGGGGCCGGAAUCCCUCGCCGCAGAGAAACAACUGGCCGGGAGCAGGGGACGCCUGUGCUGACCAUCGGUCCGCCGCCGCCGCCGCCGCCGCCGGCAGCCGGCCCGCCGUCAUGGCCGACCACCUGAUGCUUGCUGAAGGCUAUCGCCUGGUGCCGAGGCCGCCUCCCGCCGCGCCCGCCCAUGGCCCUCACGCGCUUCGGACGCUACAGCCGUACUCGGGCCUAGGCCUGGACAGCGGUUUGCGGCCGCGGGGGGCUCCGCUGGGCCCGCCACCGCCCCCACCGGGGGCCCUGGCUUACGGGGCCUUCGGGCCGCCGCCCGCCUUCCAGCCCUUCCCAGCGGUGCCGCCGCCGGCCGCCGGCAGCGCGCACCUGCAGCCCGUGGCGACGCUGUACCCGAGCCGCGCGAUCGGAGCCCCCGGCGCCCUGGGAGGAGUCCCCGUCCCGCAGCCUGCGCCUGGCGCCCGGGCCCCAACACCGCCACCGCCUGCGCACGCCCUGGGCAGCAUGGACGCCGAACUCAUCGACGAGGAGGCUCUGACGUCUCUGGAGCUGGAGCUCGGGUUGCACCGCGUGCGCGAGCUGCCCGAGCUCUUCCUGGGCCAGAGCGAGUUCGACUGCUUCUCGGACUUGGGGUCGGCGCCGCCCGCCGGCUCUGUGAGCUGCUAAGCGCCGCCGGGGGCCUGCCUGGCGUGCCCGAGAAAAGGGGGCCAGCCUGCCCGCAGGACUCCGCACCCAGCGCCUGGACCUCGCACGCACCCUCCGUGAGGGUGGAGGCAGCAGGUUAGUGCACGGAGCCGACGCCGGGCCAGGACGCCUGCCCUCACUCCAGGCCCUGCCUCCUGCAGGAUGACAGUUUGCGUUCAUCUCUCUGACCCAGAGCCUCAGCGGUUAAGUGAAGGGGAUUGGACCCUCUUUUCGGACUCCCCGAAUCCGUUCUUGGAUUGUGUAUCUUCUCCUCUUGGACUCUCCCCCACCCCAACCCCCAAUCUGAGCCAUUCCAGGCCUCUGCCUGAUUCCUCCUCUCCUUGUGCAACCCACUGUGGUCACUGGGUCCCUGGAGCCGCCCACCCGCCGGGCCCCUACCCUUGCUGCCUGGGCCCCCACCCUUGCUGCCUGGGCCCUGAGGUCUCUGGGUCUCCCGCCCUGGGGAGGGGCAGACGGUACAGCCCUCACCACUGCGGAGUGGAGCAAUGCCCAAUCUGGCCUCCAAAACCGAAAUAAAACUGGGUCACUUUCC